GUGAAGGACAGGCAGGCUCACAAAAACCUGGGAAAAGUCGAAGGGGCGGAGCAGCCAGCCUACAGAAGGAAGGGGGGGACGAAUUAAAGCACAAACCGACCCUUGAUUCAAGCGGCGGAAGUCCAAAGUCUAGGGGAUUCCUGCUUGUUUAUGUACGACUGGUUUCAACCUGAAGAUCGCUAACGAUAUAGGAGAUACGGGAUCUGCUAUCGGGAAGUUGAGAUGGCAAAUGAAGCGAAGCCAUGUCCUUGUGACAUCGGGGACAGGAUGGACUAUGGAGCUUCGGGGGUUGAGGUCCAGAUCGAGCACAUUGAAGCAUAUGUGUCACAACCCGCCGUGAAAUCCGACAAAGCUGUCAUCGUCAUUCAAGACAUUUACGGGUGGCGGCUUCCCAACACGAGAUACAUGGCUGAUUUACUGUCUUCCCAUGGAUACAUCGCUGUUUGCCCAGAUUUCUUUACUGGAAAAGAACCUUGGAGUCCAUCUCAUGACUUUUCAACCUUCCAGAAAUGGUUGGAAGAUCGCAAGGCCACUGACAUAAAUAAAGAGGUGGACGUGGUGUUGAAAUACCUGGCAAAGGAGUGUGGGGUUACACGGAUAGCUGUGGUGGGUUUCUGCUGGGGGGGAACCGCCACACACCACCUGGUCCUCCGCUAUCCACAGAUCAAAGCUGGGGUUUCUGUGUACGGAAUCAUCAGAGACGAUGAGGACAGGUACAAGCUGCGGAGUCCUACUUUAUUCAUUUUCGGUGAAAACGAUGCAGUUAUACCUCUCGAUCAGGUGACCGUCCUUGAGGAGAAGUUAAAGGAAAAUUGUACUGUUGACUUUCAAGUGAAGAUUUUUCCAGGACAGACCCACGGCUUUGUUCACCGCAAAAGGGAGGACAUAAAUCCUACUGACAGCCCCUUUAUUCAGGAGGCCAGAAUGGACAUGCUGAAUUGGCUGAAGAAAUAUGUCUGACGGCUGAUCUGAAGGCAAUGCAGAGCUGGGAUCGCUUAGUUGUUUUUGGCAGUCACUGAAUAAAAAUUGACUUGCAA